CCUGAGCUAUAAGAAGGAUAAACCAAGAUCCAUCAAAAUCAUCACCAUCUUCAGCAUUACAAGAAAACACACAUACACACAGACUUCUUUGAUUUCCUCGCCUCUGAUCAGUGUGAUCACCAAGUUACAUUCAAGGACAAUAAAGAAAGAAAAAAGAAAAAAAAAGAAUGGGAAUCCUUAUUGAAGAAACCUUAAGCGCUAACUCCAAUACCCAAACUGUUAUUGAUGAUGAUAAUGAGUUGGGUUUGAUGGCCGUGAGACUAGCCAAUGCUGCAGCCUUCCCAAUGGUUCUUAAAGCUGCUCUCGAGCUCGGUGUUUUUGACACUCUUUACGCCGAAGCAGCUCGCACCAACUCGUUCCUCUCACCAUCUGAGAUAGCGAGUAGGCUACCAACUACACCACGUAACCCUGAGGCCCCGGUUUUGUUGGACCGGAUGCUUCGUCUACUUGCUAGCUACUCCAUGGUCAAAUGCGGUAAGGUCUCAUCCGGGAAGGUAGAGAGAGUCUAUAGAGCCGAGCCAAUUUGCAGAUUUUUCUUGAAAGAUAACAUUCAAGAUAUUGGAUCCCUUGCUUCUCAAGUCAUUGUCAAUUUCGACAGUGUCUUCCUCAACACUUGGGCACAAUUAAAAGAUGUGGUGCUAGAAGGAGGAGAUGCAUUUGGCCGUGCACAUGGUGGCAUGAAACUCUUCGACUAUAUGGGAACAGAUGAGAGAUUUAGCAAGCUCUUUAACCAAACCGGAUUUACAAUUGCGGUUGUGAAGAAGGCUCUUGAAGUUUACCAAGGCUUCAAAGAUGUGAAUGUGUUGGUUGAUGUUGGAGGUGGGGUUGGUAACACCCUUGGAGUUGUUACUUCUAAGUAUCCAAAUAUUAAGGGUAUCAACUUUGAUCUGACUUGUGCCUUGGCACAAGCACCUUCUUACCCUGGGGUGGAACAUGUCCCCGGAGAUAUGUUCGUAGAUGUUCCAAAAGGAGAUGCCAUGAUC